AUGGCAACUAUCGAAGAAACAUCCGUUGUGAUCGUUGGAGGCAGCCUUGUAGGCCUUUCUACAGCGCUCUUCCUCUCCCAUCUCAACGUCCCCACCAUCCUAAUAGAGCGCCAUCCCGGGAGUUCUCUUCAUCCCCGUGCAAUUGGCUACACUGCCCGAACAAUUGAACUUUUCCGCACCGUUGGCGUUGAGUCCAAACUCAAAAGCAUCCAAUGGUCUGGCGGUCCUCCCCGUCGCAUCGUUGUUGAGAGUCUUGCUGGAAAGUGGACUAAAGAGCAAGGCUGGACACAAAAGCCUAAAAGUGGACCGCCUGUUUCGUUCGCAGAGUACUCUCCUACUGAAGGUGUUGCUAUCGCUCAAGACGUAAUCGAACCUGUCUUGAGAGAUCGAGCGAGGGAGCUUGGUGCAGAUCUUAGACUGGGCUUCACUGUCACGGGCUGGAGUCAAGACGACGAAGGCGUUACAGUCAGCGCCACUGGAGACAACGGUGAAGAAAUCCAUGUCAAGGCAAGUCACAUGGUCGCAUGCGAUGGCAACCGCAGCCGUAUUCGAGAAAGUCUCGGUAUCCAACGUCAUGGCGUUGGUCUUCUCCGCAAGCUCCAGAGCAUCAUGUUCAGAUGCGAACCUCUGCAACAUUUCCUCGACCACGGCUACAGUCAAUUCCAGAUUGAGGGUCGCGAAGAUGGCUUCGAGGCUUUCAUGACCACUUAUGGCGGGGGGCGUUGGAUGGUAGCUUGGAACCAAGAAGUCGAUGACCCUGAAGCUGUCCUCGAUGACGCGACCCAGCGCAACAUGAUCCGCAAGGCUUCUGGGGUACAGGAUCUCCGAGAUGAGGACAUUGAACUAAUCACCACUGGAAAAUGGGACAUUGGUGGUCUUAUUGCUGAUAAGUUCUCUUCUGGUCGUGUCUUCCUCGCUGGUGAUGCAGCUCAUGCCCUACCUCCAAAUCGUGGCGGUUACGGAGCAAACACCGGUAUAGCUGAUGCACAUAACAUCGCAUGGAAGCUCGCAUCAGUGCUCCGCGGCGAAUCCUCGCCGGAACUUCUUGAUACAUAUGGCGUUGAGAGAAGACCCGUCGCAGAUGUUCGACAUGACCAGAUCUUUGCCAGGGAGGACUACAAGCGAUACGUCGUCGACAAAGAAUGGCCUGGCAAGAACGUUACGAUAAUGGACGAUGUAGCAAUGGAAUUCGGAUAUUUUUAUAACUCAAAGGCCAUUGUCGGAGGUCCAGAUGGCUCUGUUCCUGUCAAAAGGCCAGAUGAGUGGAAUGGACAACCGGGUACCAGAGCCCCUCACGUUGCACUUGAAGGCGAUCAUGUCUCAACUUUGGACUGUUUCGGUACAUCCUGGGUCGUUAUUUCAAAAGAGAAGAGAUGGAGCCAGCUCGUGGCAGAAGCAUGUAAGGCAAUCAACGUAAAGAUUACGUUUAUGCACGUUGGAGGUGAUGUUACCGAGAAGAAUGAGGGCGAUUUCAACAGGUUGUAUGGGGUGGACGAUACCGGUUCUUCAUUGGUUCGGCCGGACGGUUUCAUUGCUUGGAGAGCACCGUCAUGGCCGGCUGAAGCACAGAGGGAGUUAAUGCAGGCAUUGGGUCAGGUUACCUUCUCGCUACAGCAUACAGAUGGGUAA